AUGUCCCACUUUCAUCACCAAGGUAACUCAGAUGACCUCAAUGAGGCCAUCUCUUUGUAUGAAGAAGUGCUAUGCCUGUGCCCUGUUGGGCACAAAUAUCAUCAUUCCACAUUGGGCAACCUAGGAGCUGCCCUCUACACCCAUUUCAACCAGUGCCAUGAUCCUUCAGCCCAAGGCACUGACAUUGUGCCCCCUGGGAAUCCAUAUUGUUAUUACAUGCUUAACAACCUUGCUGGCACGCUCCAAACCAGAUAUGAGAAAUUGAAUACCAGUGAGGAUCUCAACAAGGCCAUCAACUUCUACUGGGAUUCACUUCAGUUAACACUGCAUGGCCAUCCACAUCACCAUACUGGUCUUUCCAAUUUGGGCUUGGCGCUCUGUUUUCAUUUCACACAAAGUCAGAAGAAUGAAGAGGUCGAGGAGGCCAUUCAACUCUCCCAAGAGUUAUUGGAGGCUUUGCCUUCACUGCACCCAGAUAGAUAUUUCAGCUAUGUGUGGCUGAUGAAUGCCUACUUAUCUUGUUACCGAGUGCAAGACAAGUCUGUUGACUUGCCACUUGCUGUAGAGAACUUCAGACUGGCAUCACAGCAUCCCACUCAAAGACUCCUGGAACGCAUUGGGAGGGCCAUAGAAUGGAUUCACCAAGCAGAACAUGAGGCUGCAACUGUUUUUCAUGGUGCACAAUCACUGCCAGUUGAUGCAGCAUUGUGUGCCAUACAUUGUGAUGAUCUGCAACAAGCAAUCAAACUUGUGGAGCAGGGUCAUGGUUUCUUGUGGUUCCUGCUCCCACCAUUGUAUGGAGACUUGCAAGCGGCAGCACAUCAUGGUCCAGUUGUCAUCCUUAUUGCAAGGAGAUAUGACAGUGCAUCUUUCAUGCACCCAGAGGAGAUGAGGAAGGAACUCCAAGUCCUCUUGCAGACAGUAUGGGAUGAGAUCAUGCUGCCCAUUGUCAUCGUCCUCCAGCAUAAUUUCAGAAUAAUGAAGAACUGUGCAACUCUGUCAUUUGUUGCAAUCGGACAGAGUUCACCAGGUGUGGGGCAAGGCAAGGCACUCUUGACUGUCAACAGCAAGCUUGGGCUCAUCUGCAAGCUCAUCCCUGCAACAGUCAACCCCACCACUCUCUCUGGCAAUGGUGCCAUGCGAGCAAGUGCACUAGAUGCUUUGCAAUGCAACACUUGGGUGCACCUCACUUGUCAUGGAAAGCAGGACCAUGAGCAGCCUUACCAUUCAUGUUUUGCCAUGAGAGACAAACCUCUGAUGCUGCUGGACAUCAUGGAGAAAGACAUUCCUCAUGCUGAGUUUGCAUUCUUGUUGGCAUGUCAUACUGCUGUUGGUGAUGAGAAGAUGCCCAACAAAGUCAUCCACCUCACAGCUGGACUCCAAUUUUCAGGAUUCAAGAAUGUCAUUGGCAUGUUGUGGGUAGUCAAUGAUGCUGUCACAAAACAUGUUGUCAAAGCUUUUUACAAGAACAUGGUCAAGGGUUUGGAAGAUGGUGAUGUGAUGGACUGUACGAAGGUGGCCUGGGUACUCAACUGUGCUACAGAUGCUGUGAAGAUGAAAGUUCCACUCAAGCAGAGGAUGGUUUUCAUUCAUAUCAGUUUUCAAAUUGUCAACUUUCAAUCCUCUUUCAUCCUAUUGGUGUACCUGUCAUAG